AUGGAUAGAUCAUUUUUUUUAUAAAAUAGAAGCCCGUAUUAAUCUAAAAGUGCUGGAAAAUAUAGAAACGAUGAGGAUUUAGCUUUCGAAGAUUAUUACACAGAUGAUUUCAGUAAUGAGGAAUAUAUAAAGGAAUAUUAGUAGUAAAAUGCCUACUUAAAUAAAAUGGUUAAACAAAGGAUCAUUUUUUUAGAAGAGCUGUAAUAAUAAGAAAAUAUUUAGGAAGAAAAAAGAAAGCAACUACAAAUGAAUCUUGCUAUUUCGAAAUCAAAAGUUUAAGGAGUUGAUUCAGAUUUACUAAACUUAAUAUCAGAGUGUAAAAGCUUAGCUGAAGAAACCACUUCAAAAUAAGACAAGUUGUUACAAGAUAAGACUAACCUAUAAAAAAAGGAAGCUGAAACUUUGUCUUUGCUGAAUCAUCAUAAAUUCUCUCUUUAAAAAACAAUAGAAAAGACCAUGAAUUAUAAAUAAAUUUACUAAAGUUUGGAAAAAUAGUAUUAAUAUUAUAAAGAGAAUUUAUUAUGUAUAAAUGAAAAAUAAAAAUCUUUAUAAGAAGAGAUAAAGAGCAUACAAGAUGGGACUCAUCUAGAUGCAUAACUUUUGCAAUUUACUCAAUAAAAAUAAAAUUUAAAUGAAAAACUUUAAUCUAUGAAAGGGAAUAUUAGAGUGUAUUGUAGGAUCAGACCCUUAAGACAAGAAGAAAAGAUAGCUAUGCUUCAAAAUUCAUUUAAAAAGCAAUAUGAAGAAAAACAAUAAAAUGUUUAAAAUCCUAAAAUAACUCCAUUGAGCAAAGCUAGUGUAUAAAAAGGCAGUGUUGGUAAAGUAGAAAAUAUAAAAGGAGUGGGAUCUGUGGGUAAAAUUGAUGAGAACAACCCAAACUUUUAACAAGAAAUGCAAAUUUAUGUUUAAAAUAUGCUUGAUAUCAUAAAGGACGAUGAUAACCUUCUUUAUUAAAUGACACAAUAAAAUAGAAUUAUAAAAACAUAAAAUUCUUAAAAUUUAAAGUUGGUUGUUCCUUUCUAAAACAUGAAAUCAGAAAAUAACAUCAAAGAAUACAGUUUUAAAUUAGAACAUAUUUUUGAAGAAGAUGCCACAUAAAUGGAAGUCUUUUCCAACUUGCAAGAAUUGAUUUAAUCUGUGUUAGAUGGCUACAAUGUUUGUAUAUUUGCUUAUGGGCCUACAGGCAGUGGGAAAACUUACACUAUGUAAGGAGAAGAAGAUUAUAAUAAAUGGGGAAUAAUACCUCGCUCAAUAGAGUACAUUUAUUCAGAAAUUGAAAAGAUGUAAAGCUAUGGCUGGGAACAUAAAAUAAAAAUCUAAUUCAGUGAGAUAUACAAUGAGACUUUAAUAGAUCUCUUACAUCCUGAUGGAAAAAAAGAUGAAGUAUAGGAUAAAGUAAUUACUUAAGGCCCAGAAGAAAUAAUGAAGCUUUUAUAAAAAGGCUAUAUCUCUCGUAAAGUAGCAUCUACUGAUUGCAACGAAUACAGUUCAAGAUCACAUUCUAUUUUUAGAAUGAACUUAGAUAUCUAUAAUACCUAAAAGCAGGGGAAGAAUCCUUAGCAACCGCUUCUUAAGGGAAGUCUGAACUUAGUUGAUUUGGCUGGGUCAGAAAGAAUUAAUUAAUCAAAUGUUGCAGGUGAAAGAUUAAAAGAAACCUAAAAUAUUAAUAAAAGUUUAACUUCUUUGGCAGCUGUGAUAACAAGUCUAGCCAAAAAGGAAACAUUCACGGCUUUCAGAAAUUCAAAAUUGACUUAUUAUCUCCAUGAGUAUUUAGGUGGUAAAUCAAAAACUCUCAUGAUGGUAAACAUAUCACCAGCCCCAUCUUCAUUUUAUCCUACACUUACUACUUUAAGAUUUGCUGAUUAAGCUAAAUAGUGUUAAAAUAAAACUGAAUAAAAUACAAUUGGAAUUUCGUAAAGUUAAAGGUCAAUUUCACCCAUGAAUAAUCAAGGAAAAUAAAGCUUAUAAAAGAAUGUAAUAUCUACACCUAGUAAAGGUGGAAGAUUCUAAAAUAUUCUUGCUUAAUCUAGUAUUAGAAACACUAUUCUUAAUUCUGUUAAGAAAUGA